GGGCACCUGUUGUUCUCGUAGGACUGUGUACGUAACUCCACGGCGCGUGCAUACCUUCACGCUCACCAACCAGUAGCGGUGUGUAUCACAUGGGGUCGGAAGGGGCUCCCACUCUGAGGAACUGAGUUGCACUUUACCGGCGUUUACGUCGCGACUGUAACCGACAAGGAUAUCACAGUGUCCAUGUGGAUUAAGUAACUUCUUUCCGUUCUGGUCAUCGGAUUUUUCUCUGUUUCUGGAUAUUUCCCUCCCUCCCUGUAAUGUUUGAGGAUUCAACGGCAGCGUCCUCCAUCCCUGCACAGCAGCGGUUGGUCUGAACACGGAAGCUGAAUCGAAGGGAAACUGGGAUUGAGGUCCCAGGGCCGCGGGACCCCAAAGGCAUGCUUGCAGCCAUGCUGCGUCAGAGCAGUGGCGGCGGAGGAUCGGGUGGAUCGGGCGGAGGCAGCGGGGGUGUCGGUGGGAAUAAACUCACUUUAGGCAUCUCCCGACUCUCCAGCUCCAGCCUGGGGUCGGGAAGCCCUUCCAGGCUGGCCAAGAACAACUCGGUCACCUCGGACAACCAAGACGCCGCCCCCGCCGAUCCAAACUACAUCAUGCAGCUCGUCAGCGACGUGCGCAAGUUUGCCGACGUGCUCCUGCAGCUCAAAGAGGUGUUCAACUCCAAAGAGCAUCAGGAUUCCCUCCAUCAGGCGGUCCACGAGCGACUCGGCGAGCUUCUGCGAGUCCUAAAGGCCAUCAUCAAGAAGCACCAGAGCCUCAACUCUGUGGACAUCCUGAGCAAAGCUGGAACAGUGAUCGCCACAGUCAAAGGAGUGAACUUCAAUGAGGUGAACGAGGAGAACAAGCAGAAGCUUUUUGGGGAGAUCUACACCGCUAUCGACACUUUGGCGUUCACCUUUGGCAAUGUAGUGUCUGACUUCCUUAUGGGAGAUGUAGAGAAUGGAUCAGUGUUGGGGCUCCCCCUGACUAAGAGAAGCAGGUCCUCUGAGAACCUCUCUGUGGAAUCUGGAGGAUCCGGUCCUGAGAAAGAUGAUCCGCCAGGGCCGUCUCCACCGGUUCGGCUUGAAGAGGUGGACAAGACGCUGCAGCGGCAGGACAGCGGAGUGGAGUCUGUGCUGCUCUACGCCAAGGCGUGGUCCAAGUACACCAAGGAACUCCUGGCAUGGGUGGAGAAGAGGAUCAGCGCGGAUGUCGAGUGUGCCAAAAGUUACGCCAAGAUGGCCGAAACUGCCAAGACUCUCGCGAGUCAGCAGGAGUUCAUGCCGUUCCGUGAAACGUACAUGGCCGCUUUCAAAAACGAUAUUGAAUACAGCCAGCUGGUACUUCAAACCGCAGCAAUACUCCAAAGCAACAAGUUUGUUCAGCCUCUCCUGGGUAGAAAGAAUGAGCUGGACAAACUACGGAGAGAGGUCAAAGAGCAGUGGCAGAGAGAGCAAAAGAAAAUGCAAGAGGCAGACAGCGCUCUGAGGAAAGCCCGGCUGCUGCAGGCCCAGCGGCAGGAAGAGUACGAGAAGGCCAAGGUGAGCACCAGCCGCCUGGAGGAGGAGCAGUCUGCAGGAGGAGGAGGAGGAGGAGCAGGCACAGCUGCAGCCAAGCAGCUGGAAAAGAGGCGCAGGCUGGAGGAGGAGGCCCUGCAGAAGGCCGAGGAGGCCAGGGAGCACUGCAAAACUUGUCAAAUCGACGUGAGCGUGAAGAGAGUGGACCUGGCCAACACCAAGAGUGAGAUCAUCACUCAGAUCAGAGAAAUGGUCUCCCAGUGUGACCUCACCCUCAAGGCCGUGACCGUCAACUGGUUCCAGCUGCAGCAGGCCCAGGUUGUGUCUUUACCCGUCAACCACCAGAGCCUGUGCGAGAACGCCAAGCAGUACGAGCCGGGCCAGCGUUACAUCGAGUUUGCCCGGAGCCUGCCGACCAACGGGCCCCGCCUGGAGUCGCACUCGCUGGAUUCGCCUGUCACCCACAACGCCUGGUUGCCUUCAAACAAGCGCUCACUAAGUGGGAGCCACUCCUCCCACAGCAACCUGUCGCAGACAUCCGUCACCUCCGACGUGGUGGGUGGAGAAGACGUGGACGGUCACAGCAACACCCACCACGCUAAGAUCGCAGAGAGACGCUCCAAUGGUGGCACCGACAUACAAGCACUUCGAAUUCAGGGUCCCUUCCGCCCCUGGGGUUCAGCCAAUCAGGGCGGUGGGAUGUGCAGCGACUCGGAAAGCGCCGGAGGGAGCAGCGAAUCGCGCUCCAUGGACUCGCCCACUGCAAGUCCAGGGGAUUUCAAGAGAAGGUUGCCAAGAACUCCCUCUACGGGAACCAUGUCGUCUGCUGAUGACCUGGACGAUCGAGAGCCUCCCUCACCGCUGGAUAACGGUUUAAGUGAGAUGAUGAUGGAGACGGCCAGCUCCCCGGGGCCGUUCAGAAACACCCAGAUGUCCAAAGCAGCUCAGACCCACAAGCUAAGGAAGCUCCGCGCGCCCUCCAAAUGCAGAGAAUGCGACAGCCUGGUGGUGUUUCACGGAGCCGAGUGUGAGGAGUGUUCGUUGACCUGCCACAAGAAGUGCCUGGAAACGCUGGCCAUCCAGUGUGGCCAUAAGAAGCUCCAGGGCAGGCUUCACCUGUUCGGCAUCGACUUCACACAAGCGGCCAAGAACACUCCCGACGGCAUUCCCUUCAUCAUCCGGAAAUGCACAUCUGAAAUCGAGAACAGGGCACUCAACAUCAAGGGGAUCUACCGCGUGAACGGUGCCAAGUCCCGGGUGGAGAAGCUGUGCCAGGCGUUUGAGAACGGCAAAGACCUGGUGGAGCUGUCCGAGCUCUACCCCCACGACAUUAGCAACGUGCUCAAGUUGUACCUGAGACAGCUUCCAGAGCCGCUCAUCUUGUUCCGUUACUACAACGACUUCAUCGGUUUGGCAAAGGAAAGCCAGCGCAUCACCGUGGAAGAACUCGAAGCCCAGCGGCUCAAUGCUGGCGCUGUUACGGCGGCCCAGGUCAGCGUGGAGCUCAACAGGGUGUUGUUCAAAAUCAAGGAUCUGCUGAGACAGCUGCCUCCAGCGCAUUACAAGACGCUGCAGUUCCUCAUAGAGCAUCUUCACAGGGUGACUGAGUGUUCAGAGGAAAACAAGAUGACGGCUAGCAACCUCGGGAUCAUCUUCGGCCCAACGCUGAUCAAGCCGAGGCAGGCGGACGCCGACGUCUCCCUUUCCUCUCUGGUGGAUUAUCCAUACCAGGCACUCAUGGUGGAGCUCCUCAUCCGACACUACCAGAUGAUCUUUGACACCCCACUCAGCCCUCUGCGUGGCACCUCCCCCACAGAGGCGGAUUCUCAUUCUCGCCUCAGCCAGCAGGAGAAGGAGCAGCUGAGCAGGCACUCGAAGUCACUGGGAGACAUUAAGGAGCAGAGCUCAAAGGUGUUUAAGAGACAUUCCUCCAUAAUACCGUCUUCGCACUUAUUAGCUGAGGUUCAGGAGGCUAUGCCAUCCCUCGAUGGAAAUGACUUUGAACCUGGCGACGAGGUGGACUCGGCGACCCUGAAUGGGAUGUUGUCAUCGAGUGUCCCUGAGAUCGCAAAACCCAGCGAGAAGGGUCUGUGCCGCUCACAGUACGUCACGGUCAGCAGGGUUCUGCUUCGACACCCUCGCAACAAACUGGUUUCCCGGCCGAUGAGCAUGCCGGCCGAGCGGGUUCUCGGCCAGGGCCAGGUGGACGAGAACAACACCCGGAACAGCGCCAACUGGGAGAACAAGAAGGGAGGCGGCUGCAGCCAGUCCAUCGAAGAGGUGGACGAGACAGAGGGCUCCAAACUGCGAGCCGGCGCGCAUUACCGGAGCACCUUCAUCGACACGCAGACGCUACGGAGAACGUGGGACAAACAGUACAAGUACGACGUGGCGUCCAGAGCCGCCAGACUGGCAGCCAGCACUCCUUCGGAGGGAUCCGCGCUGGACGCCAGCGGCUUGUCGGCUUCUGUGCCGGCGUCCUUAAACCACGGGUCAGCAGGGAGCACCAUCAACACCAUCUACCCUAACAGACCUUACACAGUGGCGGUGCGACCCAGCAGGACUUUAAAGAGGGAGGAGAACGUGUCAAGGAACAACACGAUGGCGACAGUUUUUAGAGCGCCGAGGACUCUUCAGCCUCCGCCAGGAACUUUCUACAAGCCUCCCUCAGGGAGCAAAGCUAAAGGGCAGCAGAACUGUAAGCUAGCUAACAGCGCAGAGGAGGAUGAUGACGAAGAAGAAGAAGAGGAGGAGGAGGAUGACGACGAUGAGGAGGACGAGGAAGAGGAGGAACUCGGAAUUGAGAUAGAAGUUUCAGUCGAUGAACCUCUUGAGGAAGUCGACCAGGCAGCCAUGUCUCAUUCUCCCAGCUCCAGCCCUGAAGAAAUGGGUCAAAACCAGACGAAACCUGUAUACCAGAGACUGAGGCCCAGGCGUCUUCAAGAGGUAGAACACAGAGAGGCUCAUUUCGUCUGAAUAAAAAGUCCUGGGCUUCGAGAGUCAAUACAAACUGUGGUCAAAGGUGAACGAGUUCCAUAUUAGUCCAAAAAAGCAAGCUGUCUUCUAUCUGUUGAUUUAAUCCUCAGAAGACCAACAAGACGCACUUAAACCACUGCGGAUACUUCAAAUCUUUCAAUCACUUGCUCACAACACUCGGCACCAUAUUUAUAAUUUCUAUAAAACUGUGCAAUUGUUUUUUUUAUAUAUAUAUAUAGAGAUAUAUAUAUAUUGUACAAAAUUUCUACAAACUUACUUUGGAUGUUUGUUUUAAUGCCAAAAAGUUGGGUGAGUCAUUAAAUUAGUGCAUAGAAUUGGAAUCACAACACUGAAAAUAAUCCAGUGCACUUAGCCCGAUGUGAAUACCGAUGGAGCAGUGUUGUCCCCACUGUGAGAGAGAGAGUGUUUUAAUCUGUUACAAGUAGGUUAUUUUCUAAUGAUUUGUGUAUAAAUCUGGGUAAAUACAUGUACACACAUGGCACGUUAGACAGCUGUACUGGCAGUUAAGACAUGUUCUAAAAGGAACAAAAAGCAGAAGCUAGUUAGCCUUUUGUGUUUAUACUUUUUAACUUGGAUGAUGUCAACUUUGUCUGACAAGUUCUUACAAAUGCCACUAGUGGUUUUCACCCCACUUUUUGUAAUACCACCUUUAAAUUUUAAUAGCCAAAGCUUUUUUUUUUUUUUUUUUUUUUUACAACUUUAGUAGUCCUACCAGUAACAAACCUACAUGUUCAUUGUCAGCAAUAGGAAGGACGUCAUUUAUUUAAACUGUAUCUGUUUUUUCAUUUUUAUGUACACAGUUGAUAAACUGUUAAAAGGUUCAAUGUAUUAAAAAAGAGAAGAAAAAAACAGGUACAUUUAAACAAACACUCUUGUAACUUAUUAAAAUAUAUCUGGCAAAUUCUAAGAAA